AUGGACAUGGUGGUGGAGACGGACCCGACCGGGCGGUUCGCGCGGUCGAGCGAGGUCCUGGGCAAGGGCGCCUCCAAGACGGUGUACAAGGCCUUCGACAGGAUCGAGGGCCGCGAGGUUGCCUGGAACCAGGCUCUGCUGACCAGCGGCAGCAUGCAGGCCGCUCACGGCCUCCUGCACACCGAGGUCAAGGUCCUCAACACGCUCAAGCACAGGCACAUCAUGAAGUUCUACGCGUCCUGGGUGGACGACGAGCUGGGGACCAUCAACUUCAUCACGGAGUACUUUGCCUCGGGCACGCUCAAGAGGCACCGCCUCGCCCACAGAUCAUUCGACCUCAAUAUGACGCUGAUGAAGCGGUGGACGUGGCAGAUUCUGCAGGGCCUGGUGUACCUGCACGGGCGCAAUCCGCCCGUUAUCCACCGGGACCUCAAGUGCGACAACAUAUUCAUCCACGGCGUAUCGGGUGUGGUGAAGAUCGGCGACCUGGGCCUGGCACGCCUCAUGGAGGAGAACCUGUCCUUGUGCCACACGUGCAUCGGCACGCCUGAGUUUAUGGCGCCUGAGCUGUACAACGAGGCAUACAAUGAGAAAGUGGACAUUUACUCUUUUGGAAUGUUGAUCUUGGAGCUAGUGACAAUGACCUACCCGUACUCGGAGUGCAAGACAGCAUGCCAGAUAUACCGGCACGUUACAGAGGGGAUACCUCCAGCCGCCUUGGCAACGAUCGAAGAUGAGGAGACACGCGAGUUUAUCAAGCUGUGCACGCGCUAUGACCACGAGCAGAGGCCCUCAGCGAGGCAGCUGGUCAAGCACAAGUAUUUCGACGAUGUGCGGGCCCCUUCCCCCAGCAGCAAGCUCUUCUGCCCCAGCUCACGGCCUGAGCUGGCAAUGGACUCCAGCAGUCUAGUCUCAGAAAACACACAAGAGAGUCUCCCGACCCUCGCCGAGUGCCAGAGUGCCCCUGAGAGGUUCGCAGCCUGCAUGACGAGUGACGCGUCGAUGGACGAUGGGGACAAGGAUGGGUUGCCAUUCGUGGAGACAAUCAGCGAUGCCGACGAAUGCGCCAGGGGGGGCUCGAAGAAGUGCGAGAGUGUGGUAUCUGGUGGAGACACAGAUGCUCAGAGACCAGAGAGUGUUUUCUCUGCGCUGGAUACUGAUCAGUCUUUGACCAAGCGACAGUUCAGCCUGCAGCACAAGGGCUCCACAGCCCUUCCCUUUGUGGACGUUGUCAACUUUGAGCUGGUCUUUGGUGGGCCGGGCGCCACCAAGAAGCUGAUGUUCAGCUUUGACGUGCUGUCAGACACUGUGGAGGACGUGGGACUGGAGUUGGAGGAGGAGUACAGCCUAACGCCGGAGGAGACUGACCAGUUCACCACCAUGCUGAAGCAGGAGCUGGAAAGGGCGAUGCACAACAGCUCAUUGGCUGACCACCAGCCACAUGUCCUGGGCACUUUUGGCAGCAUCCAGGUUUCCAUGUCGCUGGACGACUGGACGAACAACCACUCGGGCAACCAGGCACCAUUGAGUCAUCGAUCUGGUGACAAGUCAGGUGUCGUCAGGUCAGUGUCAGGCCAGAUCAAGUCCUCAGGCAGGUCUGGGAAGACAGGCCCAAAAAUGUCAUUCAAGAUCAACGUGGAACAGAGCCAGAGUGUGAGGAGCCUCAGCUCCUGCAGUCUAAAAUUGAGCACCCGGAGCCUGAAUGCACAGAGCGCAAAGGCUGCCAGCUCUGAGGAAUUGAAGAAGAAGAAGAAGAGCACCGAUGGCGAGGGGUCCAAGAAGAGGAAGUCCUACGAGCGGAACGAUUCUAUUAAUGGCUUUGCCUUUGAGAAGCCAGGAGGGAUGUGGCGCAAGCUGGUCCAGCACCUGCACAAUGGGGCAAACUCCAUACGCCGGCGCUCCACAAGCCACAGACGAUGCAAGAUGGGCAGGAUAGGUGGAGACAGCCGUGCGAAGAGCCAAGAAGACCCUGUACAGGCGAACAACUGCACAGACGUAAUGGCCAGGGCAGCAGAUGAAGAGGGGAGUGUGUUGAGUGGAGAGGCAGGGACAUUAAGCGAGGGCGGCACUCCACGACAGGCACCACUGGUGCAGAAAAGGAGAUCCUCUCUGAAUCUGGCUGCCAGGUCGCUUACACCGGUUGUCAACCAGGUGCGGUUGGCGGCAGGCGCAGUGAAGCACAUCAAGGAGGCUGCUGUCAUCCUGUGUCGUAAUUCUUUGGAAGGCAAGAAGGUCCUCUUUGAGAUCCGCAGGAAGGGUGGGAGCAAGAAGAAGGGCAUGGCAGAGGCAGUGGUGAAGGAGCAGGCAGAAACAAGCAGGGUUGAAGUAGUGGAGGAAGACAAGGUCUUUCAAGACAGCGCAAAAAUUCUCGACGUUCCCGAUCAGCACGUCAACAGGGCAGGAAGCUGUGGCCCUGCGCAACCUACUGUUGAAAAGCACGGGAGCCGUAUCUUCAGGCCGCUUCGAAAGGCUGCAAAGAAGGCCAUGUGGCCAUGGCGCAGGAAGCGGGGUGAAAGGCUGUGA